AUGACGUUGGAAAAUCUUCUAUCCCAAGUGGGAAUCGGAACAAAGCAGCUGACAGAUAGAUACUCGGAAGUUCCAGUUCACGAUCACCAUGUAUAUUAUGCGUAUGAACCCUCUGCACCGUCACACGGGCCUGUUGCGACAUCCAAAUACAACUAUGGAGGAGGUCAUCAUAAAAGCGGCGCGUCAAUGUCUGCACUCACGCUGUUGGCGUUCUUGUUCUUUCUCCAUAUUUUACAGCAAUGUAUUAAAGAUCACAUGACAGAAAUGAGUACCGCACCCGUUAUGAUUAUGACAGCCGGCAGAGAAGGAGAAGAUGCAAUAACCAAAUCGGCAACUUUUAAUAAAAUUGAUAAAACCGGCGUGACCGAUUUUGGUUCUAAAGACAGCUCAGUAAAUGACCGAACGGAUACAAUUAAUCAAAAUAAAAUAACCGAAAAUUACGACGUGAAAAAUCCAUACAAUAAUGAUGGUCCAUCAAGCAAACAUCAAUUAUUGAAGGUUAAAACAGAACAGUUGCCAAGGUCAGAAGAAACAAAGCAAAAGUAUGUGUUCAAAAACUACGCCAACCGAAGCUCUAUGUAUGCUGGUUUUUAUAGCGCCAUGGAUGAAGAAUAA